GGAGAAGUAGUUUUGUUUAAGAAAAUCAAGAAAACGCAUUUUAACGACCAAUGGCUCGAAGACACGGUAUUCUCUCAAUGGCUGCGAAAGAUACCGAAUAACUCGACAAAAGCUCUUUGCGUGGCCUGUCGUUCAGUGAUAACCGCCGGCCGAAGCGAACUCAUUAAACACAGUCAGGCGGCCAAACAUAAGAAGGCUAUUUUGGACGGCAUUCCCGAAGACCUCGGAGAGUUUGACUUCGAUUGGUUGGACCCGUCAUACGUACCGCCGACCGGAACCACAACUAACGUAACGCUGACCACAACUCCCACUCUCGCCUUCAGCGCCAAUAUAACGACUCAACAAAUGAAUUCAAAUAAUCAUUUG